ACAGGCUUAGCACUGGAAGAUAAAUCGUGAUCGUUGCACUUGCCCGGUUGAUUCCCGGUUCGCUUUGUGUCAGGGGCACGUUGACUCAUUCCCCGUGUGGUUGCAUUUUCCAUUCUCCCACCAGGGCAGACUUUUCCCCCUCUUGCUUUCUCAUUUCAUACCCCCUUCCACACCAUCAUGAAUUCCACAAGGCUUUUUUCGCACCUGCGAUAUUUGUUCCCCAGGUCGGGGAUGCAGCACGGCCCUCGAGCCAGCGCUCCUCUUGCCUCCAUCCGCCUCCCCCUUGCCCAUCCAGCGACCGGCUCACUUCGACAAACCGCCCGCUUUUCGACCACCAAGCCACCGGCGUGUGCUAAUCUUGCCUCUUCCUCUUCAGACCGAUUCACCUCCGCCCUGCACCAGAACAAGGACUGGGCAGCGCAACUUGCCAAGGAGGAUCCUUCCCUCUUUCCCACGCUCGCCAACGGCCAGCACCCCGAGAUCCUCUGGAUCGGCUGCUCCGAUUCUCGAUGCCCCGAAACCACCCUGCUUGGCCUCAAGCCGGGUGACGUAUUCGUCCACCGCAACAUCGCCAACAUCAUCCACGCAGGCGACCUCAGCUCCUCGGCCGUCAUUGAGUAUGCCGUCCGCUACCUGCGAGUCAAGCACGUAGUCCUCUCUGGUCAUACCAGCUGCGGAGGCGUUGCCGCUGCCUUGGGUAACAAGCAGCUGGGCAUCCUAGACCCCUGGCUGCUGCCCCUGCGUCAGCUCCGGUCGCAAAACCUGGCUCUGCUGAACUCGCUGUCGCCCGAGCAGGCCAACCUUAAGCUGGUCGAGUUGAACGUCCUGGAGGGCGUCAAGUUGUUGAAGGAGAAGAAUGUAGUGUUGGAGGCUAUUCAGGAGCGUGGGCUGCAGGUCCAUGGGUUGAUUUAUGAUGUGGGUAGUGGUGUGCUUCGGGAGCUGGACACCAACGAGUCGGAGGAGGCCAUCAAGGCGCGUCUCACAUCGUUCAAGACCGACAACUAGGCGUGCACCUCGUUAAUCUUGUCGUCCUGUGUCCUUUUUUUUUUUCAGCGAACAGCGAAUGUUGAUGUGUUUUCAUUCUUC